ACCCUGUGCAACAGCUGAUCCACUUGUUGGUUGCAGCUAAAGUCGCAUUAACAAAUUUAUUAAAUUCUGACUAAUAAUGCUGGACAAAGUUAAAAAUGUAAUCGUAGUGCUCUCGGGCAAGGGUGGCGUGGGCAAAUCAACGGUCAGCACGCAGCUUGCUUUAGCAUUGCGCGCAACGGGUCAUAAGGUGGGUUUGCUGGAUAUUGAUUUGUGUGGCCCGAGCGUGCCGUAUUUGCUUGGCCUUGAAGGCAGCGAUAUUUAUCAAUGUGAGGAUGGUUGGGUUCCCAUUUAUACGGAUGAGAGCAAAACUCUGGCCGUCAUGUCCAUUGGAUUUUUACUCAAGAAUCGCAACGAUCCGGUAAUUUGGCGUGGACCCAAGAAAACCAUGAUGAUACGUCAGUUUCUUACCGAUGUCAAAUGGGAGGAAAUGGACUAUUUAAUUAUUGAUACACCGCCUGGCACCUCGGAUGAGCACAUUACUGUUAUGGAGUGCAUGCGCGAGGUGCCCUGCAAUGGUGCAAUUAUUGUGACAACGCCACAAGGUGUCGCAUUGGAUGAUGUACGCAAGGAGAUCACAUUUUGCAAAAAGACAGGCAUCAAACUGCUGGGCAUUGUGGAGAAUAUGAGCGGAUUUGUUUGUCCGCACUGCACUGAAUGCACCAACAUAUUCUCCUCGAAUGGCGGUGCAGAGCUGGCGCGUUUGGCUCAAGUGCCACAUUUGGGCACCUUGCCCAUCGAUCCACGUGUAGGCGUUUUAUCUGGGAGCACCGCAUCGGUUUUAAAUGAGCUGCCCGAUUCCAGCACUGCACAAAUAAUGCGCAAUAUUGUCCAACAUUUGGAUGCGUUGACGGUAGUGCCAACGCCCGCCUAGGUCUGCUUCUGUUUCUCUAUGUUGUGCUGCAAGGGCUGAUCAAUGCGUAGAACCAGAUCAGAGGUAGUUGUAUUCUCGCUUAGAUUUGAAUCUGAAUUCGGGACCGAAGAAUAUAGCGAUUUACGUUCCUUGCACUUUUUAACACAAUAAUAUAUGAGCAGGACUGAAACAAAUAAAGCCGUAAGGGCGCUGAUACUCAUAA